CAAUAUUGUCCAUCCAUCCCAAUGUCUACCGCCGUCGCCCGUGACGUUGCCGUCAUCGGUGCCGGAGCAGCUGGGUUAGCAGCUGCCCGCCAGCUCCGGCGAGAAGGCCACUCCGUCGUCGUCUUCGAGAGAGAAUCCCUAGUCGGAGGCACUUGGAUUUACACUAACAAUACCGAACCCGAUCCACUCGGCAUCGACCCAACUCGUCCUGUGGUCCACUCUAGUCUCUACGCCUCUCUCCGUACUAACUUACCCCGAGAAGCAAUGAGUUUCAAAGAGUACCCUUUUGUAGCAAAGAGAACGGGUCACAGAGAUCCGAGGAGGUUUCCGGGUCAUAAGGAAGUCUUGGAGUAUUUGAAGGAUUACGCUAGCGAGUUCGGAAUCGGUGAGUUAGUUCGGUUUGAGACGGAAGUAAAUCGGGUUUGGCAAAGGGAAAAUGGGAAGUGGGAAGUGAGAUCAAGAAAGAGAGGUGGAGAAGAAGAAGAACAUAUGGAUGAAGCUUUUGAUGCUGUGGUUGUCUGUAACGGGCAUUAUUCGGAGCCCCGAAUCGCACAUAUCCCAGGUGUGGAUAGGUGGCCUGGAAAGCAGAUUCAUAGUCACAAUUAUCGUGUUCCAGAGCCCUUUCGAAACCAGGUUGUUGUGCUAAUAGGGAGUGCAGCAAGUGCUGUUGAUAUCUCUAGAGAGAUUGCAAGUGUUGCUAAUCAAGUCCACAUUGCAUCUCGAUCGACCUCUAAUCAAGAAGCAGUAAUGGUACCCGGAUACGACAACAUUCGGCUUCAUCCUAUGAUUGAACGUGCGCAUGAAGAUGGUACGAUCUCAUUUCCAAACGGGUUCAAAAUUGCUGCUGACAUUAUUUUACAUUGCACUGGGUACAAGUAUCAUUUUCCUUUUCUUCAUACCAAAGGCAUCGUGACCGUUGAUGACAAUCGAGUGGGGCCACUUUAUAAGCACGUCUUCCCGCCAUCAUUAUCCCCUUGGCUUUCUUUCGUUGGAUUGCCAUUCAAGACUGCUCCAUUCCCCCAGUUUGAACUCCAAAGCAAGUGGAUAGCAGGCAUAUUAUCUGGUCGAAUUUUGCUGCCUUCAGCCGAGGAGAUGACAAAAGACAUAGAAGCAUUUUAUUCGUCGUUGCAAACAUCCGGUAUCCCAAAACCAUAUACCCAUAAUCUGACUGGCUAUCAGUUUGAGUACAACGACUGGAUUGCGGCACAAUGUGGGUGCCGAAAAACCGAAGAAUGGAGAAAGAAAAUGUAUUCAGCAACUUCUUUGAACAGACAAGUACGACCGGAGACUUAUCGGGAUGAAUGGGAAGAUGAGGAUUUGGUGUUGGAAGCUUAUCAAGAUUUCAAAAAGCAAAUUUCUUGUAAAGAUGUGUCUUUGCAACUACACGAUCUCAACAUCUGAUUUUGUUUAUUCUUCAUUUGCUCAAAAAGUGGUCAUUUUUAGUGGAUAUGUUGCAUGAAAAUUAUAACGUUUAUGAAACUUGUUAUAAAAAACGUGUUCAUUAUGUUAUUGUUAUAUGAU